AUGGGCAUCGACGACGACCGCGAAGUGGACGAGGCCGCCCUGCCGGCCUACGUCGAGCAGGCCUACGGCGGCUACAGCAGCGGCGGCGAGGCGAGCGGCGAGGAGUCCAUCCUCCCCAAGGGCGCCCUCGACCCCGUCUACGAGGCCAAGGCUCGGGUCCUGAACCGCGCGGUCGGCGACAUCGGCAUGGGAUGGUACCAGUGGCAGCUCUUCGUCGUCGUCGGCUUCGGCUGGGCCAGCGACAACCUGUGGCCCAUCGUCACCUCGCUCAUCUUCACGCCCAUCGCCAACGAGUUCGACCCCGCGCGGCCGCCGCUCUUCACCCUCGCCCAGAACAUCGGCCUCCUCGCCGGCGCCGUCUUCUGGGGCUUCGGCUGCGACCUCUUCGGCCGCCGGUGGGCCUUCAACCUCACCCUCGGCCUCACCGCCCUCUGGGGUCUCGUCGCCGCGAGCGCGCCCACCUUUGCCGCCGCCGGCGUCUUCGCCGCCCUCUGGUCCUUUGGCGUCGGCGGCAACCUGCCCGUCGACUCGGCCAUCUUCCUCGAGUUCCUGCCGCGCUCGCACCAGUACCUGCUGACGGUCCUGUCCAUCGACUGGGCCCUCGCCCAGGUCGUCGCCAACCUCGUCGCCUGGCCGCUGCUCGGCAACCUCAGCUGCUCGCAGGCCGAGAAGCCGUGCGCGCGCGCCGACAACAUGGGCUGGCGCUACUUCGUCCUCGCCAUGGGCGGCCUGACCCUCGUCAUGUUCCUCGCCCGCCUCGCCCUCUUCCGCAUCUACGAGUCGCCCAAGUACCUCAUGGGCAAGGGCCGCGACGACGAGGCCGUCGCCAUCGUCCACGAGGUCGCCAGGCGCAACGGCAAGACCGUCGGCCUCUCCGUCGGCCAUCUCCGCGCCUGCGAGCCCGACGGCUACGUCGCCCGCACCGACGCCGCCGCCGCCGCCAAGCGCCAUCUCUCCAAGCUCGACGGCCACCAGGUCCGCGUCCUCUUCUCGACGCCGCGCCUCGCGCUGAGCACGAGCCUCGUCAUGGCCAUCUGGGCCUUCAUCGGCCUCGGCUACCCGCUCUACAACGCCUUCCUGCCCUACAUACAGGCGACGCGCGGCGCGAGGUUCGACGACGGCGGCACCUACGUCACCUACCGCAACAGCCUCAUCAUCUCCGUCCUCGGCAUCCCCGGCGCCCUGCUCGGCGGCUUCCUCGUCGAGCUGCCUCGCCUCGGCCGCAAGGGCACCCUCUCCACCUUUACCCUCCUCACCGGCGUCUUCCUCUACUGCUCGACGACGGCCCUCGACAGCACGGCCCUGCUGGGCUGGAACUGCGCCUUCAACUUCUGCAGCAACGUCAUGUACGCCGUCCUCUACGGCUACACCCCCGAGGUCUUUCCCACGCCCCAGCGCGGCACCGGCAACGCGCUGGCGGCGACGUGCAACCGCGUGUUUGGAAUCAUGGCUCCCAUCGUCGCCAUGUUUGCGAACCUCGAAACGUCGGCCCCCGUCUACACGAGCGGUGCCCUCUUCAUCGUUGCCGGCCUUCUCGUUCUCAUCCUGCCCUUUGAGUCGAGAGGAAAAGAGGCCCUGUGA